AUGAGCGAUAUUGUCGGAACUUGGCAAGUGGCGCUUUCAGAUGGUGUUCACAAAGUCGAAUUUGAACAUGGUACAACCUCGGGCAAACGUAUAAUCCGUGUAGAUGGAAAGGAAAUUCUUCGUCGAGAUUGGCUUUUCAAAUUAGUAGGAAGAGAAUCGUUCAAAAUCGGUAAACAUCAAUGUACGAUAAAUAUCGAUGCAAUCAGUGGCUUCGCUUAUGAAUAUACUCUUGACGUGGAUGGCAAACCUCUGGAAAAAUUCAGUGAAAACCGUUCGAAAAUCAGUCGAACAUGGACAUUAGCACUCGAUGGAGUUGAUUACCGUAUUGUCUUAGAAAAAGAUACAUUAGAUGUUUGGGUCAACGGUCAACGUAUUGACGCCGAAGCGGAUUUUCUUGACGAUGGAGGAACACAAACAGCUUUUGAUAUAGCAGGUCAUCCAGCCGUUUUAAAAGCUGUUUCAACCGGUUAUCGUCGUUCAGGCAUCAAUCAUGCGUUAUUUGUUGAUGACAAUGAAAUUCCUGUCGCAAAAGAAUAA